AUGGAAGCCAAGUAUAAAAUACCAUACGUCCGUCCAUCCCGCCACCACGGAGGCCAUGAGAUGUGUCUUGGCUAUCUAUCGGCUUGGUCGCCCGGCCUCCUCCCCAUCCCAUCGGUCCCCUUGAUCCGUCCCUCCAUCGAUCCUUCGUCCCGUCUCGGAGAGAUAAAAGGGCUUUCGGCAAAAGCGAUCAAGGUCCCUGCUUCAGCUGCAGCCGCUGCUGCUAUUGCUGCUGCUGCUGACGGCCCCCAGGCUUGCAAGGCGUCCGUGUCCGAUCUCCUCCCUCGCCCUUUCAACUCGACAGCUUUCUGA